CGUCAAUUAUUUUCUUUAUAAAAGGCUUCAUCGCUACUUAGAAUUACUCCUCUUUCGUUCGCUGAAGCCUACUGCCGUUCUUGGUUGUUGGCUUCUUGCGAUCUUCAUCUACCUCUAGGGUUUUCAAUCUUUGUCAAGUUUAGCUGUUGAUUAUCGAAGAUGUUUGGGAGAGCGCCCAAGAAGAGUGACAAUACUAAGUACUAUGAAGUCCUUGGGGUUUCCAAGAAUGCAGCGCAGGAUGAAUUGAAGAAAGCCUAUAGGAAAGCUGCCAUCAAGAAUCAUCCUGACAAAGGAGGUGAUCCAGAAAAGUUCAAAGAGAUUGCACAAGCUUAUGAGGUUCUGAGUGACCCAGAAAAACGUGAAAUUUAUGAUCAGUAUGGUGAGGAUGCCUUGAAGGAAGGAAUGGGUGGUGGAGGUGGUGGCCAUGAUCCAUUUGAUAUCUUUCAAUCCUUCUUUGGUGGUGGUGGUGGUGGUGGAAGCAGCAGAGGACGUAGGCAAAGAAGAGGAGAAGAUGUGAUCCAUCCUCUUAAGGUUUCAUUGGAGGAUCUCUACAAUGGAACAUCAAAGAAAUUAUCUCUUUCCCGUAAUGUGAUCUGUGUUAAGUGCAAAGGUAAGGGUUCCAAAUCAGGUGCUUCAAUGAAGUGUUCAGGUUGUCAAGGAUCUGGAAUGAGAGUCUCUAUCAGGCAUCUUGGUCCUUCCAUGAUCCAGCAAAUGCAACAUCCUUGCAACGAUUGUAAGGGUACAGGUGAAACCAUUACUGACAAAGAUCGUUGCCAGCAAUGCAAAGGAGAUAAAGUUGUUCAAGAGAAGAAAGUGUUGGAAGUUGUUGUUGAAAAAGGAAUGCAAAAUGGUCAAAAGAUUACAUUCCCUGGGGAAGCUGAUGAAGCACCCGAAACAGUCACUGGAGAUAUCGUCUUUGUCUUGCAACAAAAAGAGCAUCCCAAGUUUAAGCGAAAGGGUGAUGAUUUAUUUGUUGAACAUACAUUGAAUCUCACUGAGGCAAUAUGUGGUUUCCAGUUCAUUCUUACCCAUCUUGACAAUAGACAGUUGCUCAUUAAAUCUCAGCCUGGUGAAGUUGUCAAGCCUGAUCAGUUUAAGGGGAUAAAUGAUGAAGGGAUGCCAAUGUAUCAAAGGUCAUUCAUGAGAGGAAAGUUGUAUAUCCAUUUCACAGUUGAAUUCCCAGAUUCGAUCUCACCGGAGCAGUGCAAAGCUCUAGAGGCUAUUCUACCUGCAAAACCAAGCAUGGAAAUGACUGAUAUGGAGUUGGAUGAAUGCGAGGAAACAACCUUACACGAUGUGAACAUCGAGGAAGAGAUGCGCAGGAAACAACAGCAGGCACAAGAAGCUUAUGAUGAGGAUGAUGACAUGCAUGGUGGUGGUGGUGCUCAGAGGGUGCAAUGUGCUCAACAGUAAGAACAGAUUAUAUUAAAUAUGACUUUGCAAUUUCAUUUGCUUUCUUUUGGUUUUAUGAGUUUGUGUGAUGAAUAGAUAUAAGUUUGUCUGUUAUUUUAAAACAUCAUCUCAGGUUACUGAUUUAAGUAUUUUUUAUUUAU